GGGCGCGCGAGCGAGCGACCGCCAUUUUAGCGAUCGGCAGCCGGGCGGUGGGAGCGGGAGAAGCGGCAGUAUGAAUCCGGUCAGGUGUAAACCCUCCGCCUCGAUAACCUGCCUCUUACUGACCCUGUCCGUGGCGGUGUCCGCUGGCAAAGUUAACAAGCACAAGCCAUGGAUAGAAACUACUUAUCAUGGUAUUGUAACAGAAAAUGAUAUCUCAGUCCUGCUGGAUCCUCCAUUAAUUGCCUUGGAUAAAGAUGCACCUCUACGUUAUGCAGAGAGGUAUGAGGUGACAUUCACCAAAGAAGGUGAGAUUUGUGGAUUUAGAAUUCAUGGGCAGAAUGUUCCAUUUGAAGCUGUGGUGGUUGAUAAAACCACAGGUGAAGGUGUCAUACGUUCAAAAGAGAAGAUGGACUGUGAGUUGCAGAAAGAGUACACCUUUACCAUCCAGGCAUAUGACUGUGGAGAGGGUCCAGAUGGAGGAAAUAUGAAGAAGUCUCAUAAGGCCAAUGUUCAUAUCCAAGUCAAUGACAUAAAUGAGUACUCCCCAGUUUUCAAAGAGAAGUCCUACAAAGCCACAAUCAUUGAAGGAAAGAAGUACGACAGCAUCUUGAGAGUGGAAGCAAUUGAUGCAGACUGUUCACCUCAAUUCAGCCAAAUUUGUAGUUAUGAAAUUGUUACUCCUGAUGUGCCAUUCACUAUUGAUAAAGAUGGCUAUAUUAAGAACUCUGAGAAGAUAAACUAUAGCAAAGACCGGCAGUACAAGCUUGCAGUAACUGCUUAUGACUGUGGGAAGAAACGUUCGAUGGAAGAUGUUCUUGUUAAGAUAAACAUUAAACCUACAUGCAAACCUGGUUGGCAAGGUUGGAGCAAAAGAAUUGAAUAUGAGCCUGGCACUGGAAGCUUGGCAUUGUUUCCGAGUAUGCAUCUCGAGACAUGUGAUGAACCUAUAACAUCCAUUCAGACAGUAGUUGAAUUAGAAACAAGCCAUAUUGGCAAAGGAUGCGACAGGGACACGUAUUCUGAAAAAUCACUCCAUAGAUUAUGUGGUGCUGCUUAUGGUACAAUUGAUCUCCUUCCCUCACCAAGUAGCAAUACAAAUUGGACAGUUGGUCUUCCCACUGAUAAUGGCCACGACAGUGAUCAAGUUUUUGAAUUCAAUGGCACUCAAGCUGUGAAAAUCCCAGAAGGUGUUCUGACAACAAAUCUCAAGGAACCAUUUACGAUUUCUGUGUGGAUGCGGCAUGGGCCUGGUUCUAGUAUUCAUGGAGAAAAGGAAACUAUCCUUUGCAACUCUGACAAAAGAGAAAUGAAUCGCCACCACUACUCCCUCUAUGUGCACAACUGUCGUCUGGUUUUCCUCUUCCGACAAAAUCCUUCAGAGAAUGAGAACUUUCGACCUGCAGAGUUCCAUUGGAAGCUGGAUCAGGUGUGUGAUAAAGAAUGGCAUCACUAUGUACUAAAUGUUGAUAUCCCGACCGUGGCCCUAUAUGUGGAUGGAAUAUCGUACGAUCCAUUCCUAGUUACUGAAGAUUAUCCCCUGCACCAUUCAAAGAUUGAAACUCAAUUGGUGGUGGGAGCAUGCUGGCAAGAACAUACAGGAAGCGAAAAUGAAAAUGAAACUGUGACUGAAGCCUAUCCAGGAGGUGAAUUUCGCAUGGCUCAGUUCUUCCUUGGCAAUCUAGCUGGUUUAAUGAUUCGGACUGGCAAAAUCGAGAGCAAGAAGGUGAUUGACUGCUUGUACACAUGUAAAGAAGGACUGGAUCUCUUAGAUUCCGAGAUUCUUUACAAAGGCGUGAUGGUUCACUUCAAUCCCACCCAGUCAAUGCUUAACAUGGAAGGGGAUGAUAUUGAAAGCUUUGACAAGAGUAUGCAGCAUGUGUCAUACCUCAACUCUAGGCAGUUCCCAACACCUGGAAUCAGAAGAUUGAAAAUCACCACAACUGUGAAAUGCUUCAAUGAAGAAACUUGCAUCAUUGUCCCAGCUGUGGAGGGCUAUGUAAUGGUACUUCAGCCCGAUGAACCAAAGAUAAGCCUGAGUGGUAUUGAUCACUUUGCACGUGCUGCCUCUGAAUUUGAAAGUAAUGAGGGUGUUCCACUGUUCCCAGAGCUGAAGAUCGUUAGCACUAUCACACGAGAAGUGGAACCAGAGGAUGAGGAUGAAGAUGAACCUACAGUCCAAGAAUCUAUGGUAUCUGAAGAGAUAAUGCACAAUCUGGAUACAUGUGAGGUCUCUGUUCUUGGAGAUGAACUGAAUGCAGAACAGGAGAGCUUUGAAGUUGAUCCAUCACAACUCCGACAAAGGGGUAUGGAAAUGAGCAACUCCUCUGUUGGUAUGACUAUCACAGGUGUGAACACAAUGUCAAAUUACGAAGAUAUGCUACAUUUGAUCCGUUACCGAAACUGGAACAGUGAGUCACUGUUUGAGAGGAAGUUUAAAAUUGUUUGCUCAGAGCUGAAUGGUCGCUAUGCCAGUAAUGAGUUCAAAGUUGAGGUCAAUGUGAUUCACACUGCUAAUCCUGUGGAGCACCCCAACCAUGUUUUGGCACAGCCAGAGUUUGUUCACCCAGUUCAGCAUGCUUCCGUUGACUUGUCUGGGCACAAUCUUGCAAACCCACAUUCAUCCUCAGUUGUUCCCAGCGCAGCAACAGUUGUCAUUGUGGUUUGUGUCAGCUUCCUGGUCUUCAUGAUAAUCCUUGGGGUUUUCCGAAUCCGUGCUGCGCAUCAGCGGACUAUGCGGGAUCAAGAGAAUGGGAAAGAGAAUGAGAUGGAUUGGGAUGAUUCAGCCUUGACAAUUACAGUAAACCCUAUGGAGACAUACGAGGACCAGCAUAGUAGUGAAGAGGAGGAGGAGGAGGAAGAGGAAGAAAGUGAGGAAGGUGAUGAGGAAGAUGACAUUACCAGUGCAGAAUCUGAAAGCAGUGAGGAAGAAGAAGGUGAGCAGGAAGACCAGCAGAAUGUAAACCGACAGCAGCAACUUGAAUGGGAUGACUCAACGCUUACAUAUUGAUUUCCCUGCUGUCGCUUUGUGCUUUUGGAGACUCCGUUGCUCACUCCAUCUGACCUAAGGAACCAUCUUGCACUUUUUUCUUGUCAUCUGAUGAGUGACUUUAGCUAGACAAUACACACAAUUUUCAGGACUGUCCCCUUUGCUCUAAGAGGCAGCUUUGCUAUUUUCUGUUUCCAUUGAAAAGAGAAAUUGCAUUGAGUAGCGUUUAAAGUUGCUUGGUUUUGGCCUGGUCAUAAAUUUUUUUCUAAUGCAUGUGGAAAAAAUUGCAGAAGAGGUCAAUUUAUGUAGAGGAAUAACAAGAUUUUUAAUAUUUUGUAAAUAUAUUGAAAUUAUGUAAUUAAUGUCAUUGUGGUAGUGAAAACAGGGAUUGGACAAACUUGAGUUGGAAAAGCAGAAAUUUAAAGAGACAGUCUAUCUUUUAUGUUGACCUUUUGAGGUUUAAGUCAAAUCUGCUCAACAUACUUUUAAAAUAUACUGGUUGUGUUGUAACUAAGUUUAAUUUUGAUAAAGUCAUCCUUACUGAUGCCACAUGAAAUAGUACUGCUGUAAUUUACAUUUCAGUGUCUUCAAAUGUUAAAGCUGAAGUAAGGUUUUUUGGGCAAUUUUAACCGCUUAACCAACAUAAACCUAUAAUUAGGCUUUUAAGACUGUAUGCUCCUUAGCAUAAAUAUUUGAAGAUAGAGGCGUUUUAUGCCCUUAGUUAAAAUGACAGUAAAGGUUAACUAGAAUGGAGAAUUGGCAGAUACUAUGUAAAAAAAAAUGUCACUACGUUGGGUGGGUGGACUGGCAAAAAGCAGGCUCUGUAUAGACCAAGCAAAGGUAAUACUGUCUUUUUAAAAUGGAUGGUGUACAAUGGGGACAGAUGGACUCAACAAACUUCAUAUGCUUUCUUUGAGAACCAUCCCUGUUGGAUCAUACAUAUUUCAAAUAACUAUCAAUAGUUCCUGUACAUUGAAUUGUACUGUAGUUUUAAGCUAUUUGUUUACAUUUAGUAAACUUCAGUUUCUCCUGGUAAUAUUGUAGUUGAAAUUGUACAAAGAAAUUGGCUCACUUGUGAAUCAUGUGUUUGGUUUUAAGACAGUUCUCUGGCUCCAUGUUUUUAAAUGAAUUUUUAAUUGAUAUGAAAGUGUGUUUGCCAGAAAGGUACUAAAAUAUGCAGCUUUGGUGAGAUGCAGAUAGCAGGCCUGGCUGAAGGAAACGAGGGGAAAUUGAAAAGGAUCUCUGAGAAUCUUGGGAGUAUUUAUGGGCAGAAUUGUAGCUGAUAUAAAAUUUAUGUUGGAACUUUUGUUGUGAUUGAAGUAAUGUGUAAAUGGUUAGAAGGGAUGAGAUGAAUUUGGCUUCUCUUGAAGGAAAAGGUGAGACCUGGUAGGAAAUGAAUGCAAUGAUUUUUCUGUGCUCUUGUGUCCUUUUCUUAUCCUUUACUUGGAAUUGCGAAAGUCUUGCAAGAGUUUUUAAAAUGUUAAAUGUUGCAACGUUUCUACAGUUUUACAUUCUGAAUCCAGGAAAUGCUUGAUCGAGAGAGAGAGAGAGUUUGAAAUGGGCAUACUCAUCCCCUUUCAGUAUCAAACAAACAGACAGCACAUUUGUAGAUCUGCAUUACUUAGGGUGAACCUUGGAAACCAGAAGUGUACGUUCUUGUUUGAGUGCAGAGAAUGUGGUUAAGCAUUAUUUAUGGUAUCAAAGCAUUGUGAAAAGGCCAGCGUCCCUAAGUUACCUCAGUGGAACAUUUUUAGCUGCUAUGUGAAUGACAGUAACACUAAUUGUUACUCUGAUUUUUAAGGCUAAGAAAUUAAGUCAUAUCACUGACUAAGCUGAAAAUGCAGUUUUUUCACACAAACUAGCUUUCUGUAGAAAUCUGAAGGCUGUUUCAAGGUAGUGUGUCUGGCUCUGUAGCAUGAAAGCUGUAGUAGGAUUGAUCUAUUGUUUCAGACAGAAUUCCUAUUAAUGGAUAAUUGGAAAUGUUGUGUACAAGCAUCUUAAUCAGGAGUCGGCCAAUCAUAUUUAUACCACUAAUUGAAAAUGUAGUGCAUUCUGCUAAAUUAAUUAUUUGUUAGCGAUUAAAGAUGAGACUGAAUUCUAGACACAAGGAUGCCAAGGUCCUUACUUAAAUGGAAGUUAAAAAUGUAGAACUUUAAUACAGACUGUGAUAUUGAUCAGGAUAUUCAUAAAUCCUUAGCAGCCAUAUAGCAUCCAAUUCCAUGCUGUGGCCAAAAUUACCCCUUGAAGCCAGCCAGCCGGGUCUGUUUUUUUUUUUUUGCAUCUCGCUUCUCCCAUUCUACGGAUCAGAAUCUGUCCUUGGCAGAAACAUGUAAUUUGAACUGGAUUGAGAUGAGCUGGGAGUGCCUUGAUUUUUGCAAAUAGCAUAACUUAAAUGAUGUACAUCCAGGAAGUGGAAUAGUCAAAUAAUUCUUUUGUAACUUUAAAUUGUAGAUUGCCUAACAGUGGGGGAAUAUGGUUUUACUUGAUUCUUAUUUUGUCAAGUUUAAACGAGUGCUAGUUUUUUCAAAGUUGGAAAAGUAUAAAUCCUAUGUUUAAAGUAUUUGUCUGACAUAGAUGUCUUGUGUUCAUGUUGUGUAUGAGACUUGAAGUCUAUCCAUAUAUUGUCAUCGUAGAUAAUGUAUUAGACUUAAAGGCUAUCAUGUUAAAAGCUAACCAAGGUGUAAUCAUGUUAUAAAUUGUACGUAGCCAAUAUGGGUAUUACUUACAGAUCUGUAUGAUAGGUCAGUUUGAACAGUCUUUGAGCUACAAUAAAUUUCCAGCCCUAAACACUACAAUAUUGUCCAGCAUGUUUCAAUGAGUUCUGUAGUGUGAAAUUUUUUAGGGUGAUGAAACUUGCUGCCCAUUGCACUACAGUGUCAAAAUAAAGGAACAAUUAAAGCCAGUGUUUGUCUUUUUAAUGGCUGUGUGAAAUGGCUCAAAUGCCAGUGUUCCUUAACCAUAUUGUUUCCCACAGAUGACCUUCAACUCAAGAAUAUUGCAUUGUAUGUGGGUGUCAUCAUUCCAGACAACUACUUCAAAUCCAUGUUAUGUUGAAAUGCAAAUACAUAAAACAAUGGUUUGGGUAUUCUGGUAGAAUUUGUAAAUGUUCAGUAAUGUUAGUUACUGAAUUUGUACAAACUUGUUUGCAUCGCAUGAGUAAAUCUAAAAGUAUAAUUCAGGAGGAGGUGCACCAAGAAGUUGUGCACAUAUCUGUCGGUUAGUAAAACAAAGGAAAAAUGCUGAUUGGUGAUAAUAUGGUGGAAUUAAGUUGCCAUUAUUCACUUGAGAAAAUUCUUAACCAGAACCUGAUUUUAUUAAAGCUUAUUGGCAACAUCAUUACCAUUUAGUGAAAUGUAAAACAUAGUUAAAAUGGAAUUAAAUUUCACUCAAAAUGAAUAAUUGGACAGACAAAUAACUGGGGCAAAACAAAAAGUGCUGAAACAUUGAGGUCACGCAACAUCUGCGGGGAGAGGAAGUUGAGGUUAAUAUUUUGUCAGAACACUUACCAUGAAGCUAUCAGGUUGUGAUGAAUGCCCAACUGAGUGCACGAAUGUCCUUUUGAAGGAAAGGAAACUGUUGCCCUUUACUUGGCCUGCCCCACAUGUAAUUCCAGAUCCAUAUUAACGUGGCUGAUUCUUAACUACCCUCUUGAAAUGGCUUAGCAAAACCAUUCAGCUGUAUCAAACCAUCAGCAGCUCAACUCUGAGGUGGCCUGUCACCUGUUCGGGGCAAUUUGGAAUUUACUGGCCUUGUCUGUGACACCAACGUUUUAAUUUCCCAACAUCUGUGGAUUUUGCUGAUAGUUUUGGGGUGUCUAGAGAGGCUCAAGGUGACUGAAAAUAGUAGGAGUUUUAAGACAUCAAAAAAAGACAAAUUUCUGUAUUUUAUGUUCAGUUCUGAAAUAACUAAAAUGGAAGGUGUUUUGCAUCACCAAAAUGGGGACAAGAGCCCAAUUAUGAAACACGACAGGUUGCUCGAUCUAUGAAGUAGCCUUUAGGUGCUAUUAAAUAUGGUUAAACAGUGGUUACAUAAGAGACUUGGACAAAAUAUGAACAGUUCAUUAGCAUGAAAUGAAAAUGUCUACUAUUGUCUGUGAUUAAGUAGCAGUUCUUUAUUCAGAGGCCUUUGCAAAUGGAAUAUAUAGACAUCUGGUGUUCAAUUUGCUUGUGAAACUCAACUGAGAUCAACAGAAAUCUCAUCACUCUCUCUUAACAUUGUAAUGGGCAGCUUGCAAAAGACUUUCAACUGCCAAACUUUAUCCAUGUGAUAAACAUAUUGUAAAAAGAAUGUUUUAACCCCUUGUGAAAUGAUUUUUUUUUGUUUGAAGUAUUGUACUAUUGUCUUACUGCUGUGCAUUAUUUAGCUGUAAAUAAAUCUGUUAGCCUAUGCA